AUGUUGCGCGUGGUGGUGCUUGAACGACUGCGGCCGCUGUGGGCCCCCCGAGCGCUGGGGCGCUCCUACGCCACCGGGCCGGACGAGCCCGACUUCACCAUGGGCAACCCUUUCGAAAAGGAGCACCCGAAGUGCGUCCUGUGCAAGCACAACAUCCAAGUGGACUACAAGAACGUGAAACUGCUGUCGCAGUUCCAGUCGCCCUACACGGGGCGCAUCUACGGGCGCCACAUCACGCGCCUCUGCCAGCCCCAGCAGGCGCGCGUGGAGGCCGAGAUCGUGAAGGCGCAGAGCGCCGGAAUGAUGGCCACCUACCUGAAGGAGGCCUGCUACCUGGAGGACCCCAAGCUGUUCGACGUGGAAAACCCCAUAAGACCGCACCGGUUCUGAGCGCCGCCUUUAUUAGAUCGUAGUCAGACAGUCCCUGUCCACUUCGGACACUUUCACUUGGAGCCCCGCGGCCGCGAUCUCCGGCUGCACCACCUUCAGGAAGCCCCGCUCGGAGUCGCUGUGGUUGCACAGCACCACAUGGACGCCCCUUUGGGUGGCCUCCAGCACGUCAUGGUGGCUCAUCUCGCCCGUCAGGUACAGAUCAGCCUCCACGUUGGCCAGCACAGUGGCGCCGGACCCCGCGCAAAGCGCCACCGUGCCCACCUGGGACUCUAAAACUGCUGUUCAACAAAAGGCCCCCUUUCUCUA